CCGCUGCUCUUGCCACAGCUCGAGAGGCUUCUUCCCAGAUUAGCUGGAACGCGCCGCAUCUGCCCUCCGACGCCCACCUUGCCGUCUUCUUCGGCUGGGGCGGAAGGAGGGCUUCCACGCGCUCCAGCAAGCCUUUUAUUCCAUCCAGCGCGCGCGCGCGCUCGCGCGGGGCACCGCUGGCCGCCUUCUCACUGCGCGCUCUGUGCUGCAUCCGGGGGCCAGGUGGUUAGCGGGGUGCCUCAGGUAGAGAGGCGUGGGAGUGCCCCACGAAGUGGGAGAGUCCUCCCUGGCCGAAAGCAGUCACCUUCAACCGCGCGCGCUCGUGUGUAUGUGUUGUGCACUGUGCAUGCCCGGCCUCCCCUUGCCGCCGCGCCCGGCUCCUCCACCAUGUCCUUGGCUUUCUGUGGCAGCGAGAACAACUCGGCUGCCUACAAGGUGAACGACGGGGUGCUUAACAACGGCUGCUUCGUGGACGCGCUCAACUUGGUGCCUCACGUCUUCCUGCUUUUCAUCACCUUCCCCAUCCUUUUCAUAGGAUGGGGAAGUCAAAGCUCCAAGGUUCAUAUCCAUCAUAGCACCUGGCUUCAUUUUCCUGGUCAUAAUUUACGCUGGAUCCUAACUUUCAUUCUUUUGUUUGUGCUGGUGUGUGAAAUAGCUGAGGGCAUAGUAUCAGAUGGGGUUGCAGAAUCCCGUCACUUACACUUGUAUAUGCCACCUGGGAUGGCAUUCUUGGCUGCCAUCACAUCAAUUGUCUACUAUCACAAUAUUGAAACAUCAAAUUUUCCAAAGUUAUUAAUAGCCUUACUAGUCUACUGGACUUUAGCUUUUAUAACCAAAACCAUCAAAUUUGUAAAGUUCUGUGAUCAUGGUGUGGGAUUGCUUCAGCUCCGAUUCUGCCUCACUGGGCUCUUAGUAGCUCUUUAUGGAAUGCUGCUAGUGGUAGAAAUUAAUGUCAUCAGAGUGAGGAGAUAUGUUUUCUUCAAAAAGACUAAAGAAGUUAAGCCUCCAGAGGACCUUCAGGAUCUUGGAGUCAGAUUCUUACAACCUUUUGUGAAUCUCCUGUCCAAAGGAACAUACUGGUGGAUGAAUACAUUCAUUAAAACAGCUCAUAAGAAGCCAAUAGACCUGAAAGCCAUAGGCAAGCUGCCUAUUGCCAUGAGAGCUUUGACAAAUUACACGCGUCUUAAUGAGGCUUUUAAAGCACAAAAGAAUAAAACCACCCCAUACCCACAAGGAUCCAAGUCUAUCUGGUAUGCCCUUUGCUGUGCCUUUGGAAGACCUUUGGUUCUAAGCAGCACUUUCCGUAUUCUGGCAGAUUUGCUUGGAUUUGCUGGUCCGCUUUGUAUCUCUGGGAUUGUUCACCAUGUUGGGAAAGGGAAUAACACUUUCCGCCCACAGAUUAAAAUACUUGGUGUUUCCUUCAUUUCGUCUCAAGAAUUCUUGGCCAAUGCUUAUGUUUUAGCAGUCCUUCUUUUCUUUGCCCUUCUGUUACAAAGAACGUUUCUCCAAGCUUCAUAUUAUGUUGCCAUUGAAACAGGAAUUAACCUGAGAGGAGCAAUACAGACAAAAAUCUACAAUAAGAUUAUGCGGCUGUCAACCUCCAACAUGUCCAUGGGGGAAAUGACUGCAGGUCAGAUCUGUAACCUGGUUGCUAUAGACACAAACCAACUGAUGUGGUUCUUCUUCCUUUGUCCUAACCUUUGGGCUAUGCCAGUACAGAUUAUUGUUGGAGUCAUUUUACUCUACUACCUGCUUGGAAUCAGUGCCUUAAUUGGAGCUGCAGUAAUCAUAGUUCUUGCACCUGUCCAAUACUUCGUAGCCACAAAACUUUCACAAGCUCAAAGAAGCACAUUGGAAUAUUCCAAUGAAAGGCUGAAGAAAACAAAUGAAAUGCUUCGAGGCAUAAAACUCCUUAAGCUUUAUGCCUGGGAACACAUCUUUCAUAGCAGUGUGGAAGAAACACGGCAAAAGGAGAUGACUAGCCUCAAGGCUUUUGCUCUCUAUACCUCCAUAUCAAUUUUCAUGAAUGCAGCAAUACCUAUUGCAGCUGUUCUUAUAACAUUUGUGGUCCAUGCCCACCUAUUUGAAACAGCUGCAUUUUCUCCUUCGGAGGCCUUUGCUUCACUCUCCCUCUUCCACAUCCUUGUCACACCCUUGUUCCUGCUCUCCAGUGUGAUUAGAUCCACAGUCAAAGCCCUUGUAAGUGUUCAGAAGUUAAGUGAAUUUCUCUCAAGUGAAGAAAUUGGAGAGGAACAUGAUAAAUGUUCAGAGCCAAGAUGCAAAGAAAGCCACAGCAAAUAUCAGGCUGUUCCCCUCAAAGUUGUUAACCGUAAGAGGCCUGCCAGAGAGGACUGGGACAAUGACAGUUUUCCUCUAAGAAGACCUGUUAACAUCACAGAAGCAGAUAAUUAUUGUGUCAAGGUCACUCAUGGGUUUUUCACCUGGACACCUGAAGGAGUUCCAACAUUAUCCAGCGUUGAUAUCCGAAUCCCUCAAGGUCAGUUAACAAUGAUUGUGGGACAGGUGGGCUGUGGUAAGUCAUCCCUCUUGCUAGGGAUACUUGGGGAGAUGCAGAAGGUUUCUGGGAAUGUAAUCUGGAACAGCAGUAUUCCUGACAGCGAGACAGGAGAAAAUGUCAGCCCAGAAAUGGAAACAGCCAUUGACAUGGAAACUAGAAAAAGAGGGCCAGUAGCAUAUGCUUCCCAGAAACCAUGGUUGCUAAAUGCUACUGUGGAGGAGAAUAUCACUUUUGAAAGCCCCUUCAAUAAACAAAGGUAUAAAGCAGUAAUUGAUGCUUGCUCUCUUCAGCCUGAUAUUGACAUACUUCCUCAUGGAGAUCAAACCCAGAUUGGAGAGAGGGGCAUUAAUCUGUCUGGAGGCCAGCGCCAGAGAAUCAGUGUGGCAAGAGCCCUUUACCAACAGACAAAUGUUGUAUUCCUGGAUGAUCCAUUUUCUGCACUGGAUAUCCACCUGAGUGACCAUCUCAUGCAAGAAGGCAUUCUGAAAAUGCUAAGAGAUGACAAGAGGACUGUUGUUCUGGUUACCCAUAAACUACAGUAUCUGCCUCAUGCUGAUUGGAUUAUUGCAAUGAAGGAUGGUACCAUUCAAAGAGAAGGUACACUCAAGGAUAUUCAGAAAUCGGAAUCUGAGCUCUUUGAACAUUGGAAAACACUCAUGAAUCGACAGGACCAAGAGCUGGAGAAGGAGACCUCAGUUGAACGAAAAACUGUAUUAGACAGGAAAAACCUCCAAAGGACAAUGUAUCCUCGAGAAGCUCUGCUCCAAGAUGAUGAAGAGGAUGAAGAUGAAAUACCAGAAAGUGAUGAUGAGGACAAUCUUUCUUCUGUCCUCCAUCAAAGAGCAAAGAUGCCUUGGCAAGCAUGUGGGAAGUACCUUAGUUCUGCAGGAUUCCUUCUCUUGCUUUUGCUGGUUCUUUCACAACUCCUGAAACAUACAGUUAUGGUAUCCAUUGACUACUGGCUAGCCCACUGGACAUCUGUUGCCAUUUCUAUUGAAGUAGAAAAGAACUGCUCUCAUUGUGAGGUUUUAAGAUUUAAUCAUUCCCCCUAUUCAAGGGUAUUCAGCAUUCUCUGCUGUCUUGGAAUUAUAUUGUGUCUUGUAACAUCAAUAGCAGUAGAGUGGACUGGUUUAAAAGUUGCCAAGAAACUACAUUGUUUUCUACUGAAUAAAAUUAUUUUGGCCCCUAUGAGGUUUUUUGAAACAACCCCACUAGGAAGUAUCUUGAACAGAUUUUCAGCUGAUUGCAACACUAUUGACCAGCACAUUCCUUCCACUCUGGAGUGCUUGAGCCGUUCUACCUUACUCUGUUUAUCAGCUCUUGCUGUGAUCUCCUACGUCACACCUGUGUUUCUCAUAGCUCUAGUACCUCUUGCUAUCAUAUGCUAUUUCAUCCAAAAAUAUUUUAGAGUAGCAUCAAGGGACCUGCAGCAAUUGGAUGACAGUACACAACUCCCACUACUUUCUCACUUUUCAGAGACUGUGGAAGGUCUAACCACUAUAAGAGCAUUCAGGUAUGAAUCCCGGUUUAAACAGAAGCUCCUUGAAUAUACGGACUCUAACAACAUCGCUUCCCUUUUCCUUACAGCUGCCAAUCGCUGGCUGGAAGUUCGGAUGGAAUAUAUUGGGGCAUGUGUAGUGCUCAUUGCAGCAGUUGCUUCAAUUACAAACUCUCUAUACUACCAACUCUCUUCGGGUUUUGUUGGCUUGGGACUAACUUAUGCUCUGAUGGUAUCUAACUACCUAAACUGGAUGGUUCGCAACCUGGCUGACAUGGAACUCCAGCUAGGGGCAGUGAAAAGACUCAAUGGCCUUAUAAAAACAGAAGCUGAAAAUUAUGAAGGGCUCCUCUCUCCAGCACAGAUUCCUCAGAACUGGCCUGACCAGGGUGAGAUUCAAAUACAGAAUCUGAGUGUCCGGUACGACAGUUCUCUGAAGCCUGUCCUAAAGCACGUCAGUGCCCACAUCUCCCCAGGACAAAAGACUGGAAUAUGUGGCCGAACAGGCAGUGGAAAAUCAUCUUUCUCUCUUGCCUUUUUCAGAAUGGUUGAUACCUUUGAAGGACGGAUUAUUAUAGAUGGCAUAGACAUUGCCAAGCUUCCGUUACAAACACUGAGAUCCAGACUGUCAAUCAUUCUUCAAGACCCAAUUUUAUUCAGUGGCACAAUUAGGUUUAACUUGGAUCCAGAAAAGAAAUGUACAGACAACAUGCUGUGGGAAGCUUUGGAAAUAGCACAACUGAAGCAUGUGGUGAAAGCUCUGCCUGGGGGACUAGAUGCUAUAGUCACAGAAGGUGGGGAAAAUUUCAGCCAAGGGCAAAGACAGUUGUUCUGCUUAGCCAGGGCAUUUGUACGGAAGACAAGUAUAUUCAUCAUGGAUGAAGCCACAGCAUCUAUUGACAUGGCAACUGAAAACAUUCUUCAGAAGGUUGUAAUGACUGCAUUUGCUGAUCGUACUGUGGUGACAAUUGCACACCGAGUACACACCAUUCUUAAUGCAGAUAUGGUUAUUGUAAUGAAGCGAGGCGUAAUUCUGGAAUAUGACAAGCCAGAGAUUCUUCUGGAGCAAGAAGACAGCGUGUUUGCUUCUUUUGUCCAAGCAGACAAGUAGAUAUACAUAAAUCAUUGCAGUUUUAUUAUCUGUUUUCUAAUUAUCGAAAUACCUGUAAAUAAAAUAUUGAUUAAUAAUAAAAGG